AAACUCUAACCCCCUCAACAAAGCCAAGGCGAAACCGACGACUUAAGAGCAAAUCCCUCACGGUCGUUUGACACCAUAUUUUGUAACUUUCCUCAACAGCAACAAAUGUCCACUUGGAAUUUGGAAAAAACUUUGAUUUUUCCAAUCCCUGCUAAUUAUUAUUAACACAAAUACUAUCUAUACAUGCAUAAAAAACCGAAAUCCUCAGGAUCUCAUUUCAUCUUCAAUCUGUUCUAGUGCCCAGAGCUUUCCACAAGAUGCUUGUUUUAUGACAAAACUUGAGCUUACCCACUUCAUAUUUUCAACCUUCUUUUCUGGGGGUUUUUUGCUGGCGCUUGGCUUAAUGGGUUGGAAAUAUAAUGCUGGUUUGGGGUUGAUUGUCACUGUCGUGUUCAUAUGGGUUGCCUCUGCAGAGAUCACUCAGAGAAUUUUUGCAGACUAUAAACAGCCAUUUGCACUCACUUAUUUGGGGGUGUCUCUUAUGGUAAUCUAUCUACCCAUUGCUGCUCUUAAAGACUGGAUCUGCAGCUUAGCGAACGCAAAUUUAUAUAAGAACCUUUGCAAUGACGCGAAAGUUAUGAGCACUUCAACCGGACUUGAUAUCCCUCUUAUAAUUAGUGAAAUGCACCACAGACCGGUACCCGGAAAUGGCCUCGUUACUGACUGUGAUCUUAGUGAAAGGGAAGAGGGCCAACCUUUGACAGCAAAGAAUGAGCAAGAUGAGCCUCACUUGGUCGAACAAAGCUGUGAACUUAGUUCAUGGGAUAUUGCUAAGUGUAGCUUAUAUCUUACUCCGAUAUGGUUUAUAACAGAGUAUCUAUCGAACUCUGCACUGGCAAAUACUAGUGUUGCAAAUACUACUGUUCUGACUUCAACAUCAGGGCUGUUCACACUUUUCUUUGGAGCUCUUCUUGGCCAGGACUCAAUAAACCUCACAAAGAUUGUUGCUGUUUUUAUCAGCAUGACUGGUGUUGCCAUGACCACAUUUGGAAAAACUUGGACACCUAGUGAAUUGAUGAGCAUCUCUGAAACUGGAAAGCACUCUAUCACAGGGGACAUUUUUGGUCUUCUCUCAGCAUUAUCAUAUGGUUUAUUUACAGUGCUGCUGAAGAAAUCUUCUGGUUCAGAAGGAGACAAGGUUGAUGUUCAAAAGUUCUUUGGAUACAUUGGUCUCUUCUCUCUCCUAGGUCUUUGGUGGCUUGUGUGGCCACUCAAUGCUGUGGGGAUUGAACCUCGAUUUAAAUUUCCACAUUCAACGUCUGUUGGUGAAGUCGUGCUGUUAAAUGGCUUUGUGGGAAGUGUUCUGUCAGAUUAUUUUUGGGCCCUUUCUGUUGUUUGGACGACUCCAUUGGUUGCAACGUUAGGCAUGUCCUUGACAAUUCCUCUCGCAAUGGCAGCUGACAUGGUAUUACAUGGUCGCCACUACUCUGCAAUCUACAUUAUUGGAUGCAUUCAGGUAUUUGCUGGAUUUGUCGUGGCAAACCUUUCAGACAAGUUUUCAAGGAAAGAAGAGUCAUAGCAGCCAUGUACAGAUUUCGGAAAAGCAGAUAAUUGUAUAUAGACUUUAAACACUUGAAUAACUGUCUACGAAACCGUCCACCUUUUGACUCUUGUUGUAAUGCGACAAUUUUCUUGUGCAAUUAUGAGAUCAGAGUAGCAUGUUGUCUCCAGAAA